AUGUGGCUGAACAUGCAUACUAUGCCAGAUCGUUACUUCUCUCAUCCUUUUGUGGAUGAAGAUGUUGACUGGGCAAAAUGUAGAGUUCACAAGCACUCCCUGAAUGGUGCAAAGGGAAUUGAUGGCAUCUCUUAUGACAGAAUUCUCAACUUCCCCACCCAUGAUCUUGUGUCCCUCUUCAACAUCUGUGUUGAGAAAUGUGAUGUGCCUCAAAGCUGGCUAAUGACAUUUCUGGCAGUGUUUUUGAACACCAUGAGGCUAUAUUGUAUCUCAUGUUGUUUGAAGGUCCCAAAAAGACGAGAGGUUCGCGUGUCUGCAUUCCGGAGAUAUGUUGCAUUUUCUGUUUGGGGGGGCAAGUACACUAGCCGGCUCUCGGCUAGCCAAGCCGCAGCAACACUAUCCUGUGCAUGUACUCUACAGGCAGACAUCAAUGACUCCGAAAAAACCAUUCUGUUGAAGAAUCUCAUCACCGCCACUGGUCCUAUCAAGUUGUCAGAUGUGUUGAGCUAUCAGCAUUAUCUCGAUGUUGCCAUGCCUGGACACUGCAAAGUGCUGACACAGCUCAUGACUUUGUGCCACACCCUUGCCAUGAAUUGCCUUCAAUGGGAUUCUCUGUGGCGAAGAGCCAUUCCACAGGAGCUGAGGUUAUGUCGUUUCUGUCACACUGAAGUUGAGGAUGAGUGCCAUGUGAUGCUCUACUACAUCACAACUACAGCACUUACAGAGAAAAGGGGUGUCUUUUUUUCAGAUGCUCAGCAGGUCCUGCUGGGAGUCCAGACUGCAGUCUUAGCUCUUCCUUCUCCAGACUUGUUGCGUUUUUUACUUGGUGAAAAGAGAUGUACCAUUUCUGUUGCAGAUAAGAUGGUCAAGGUCAGUCGUGCUCCUCCUGGGUUAUGCCAUGAGCCCUUCCAAUGUGGUCAGGGGUGGGGCGCUACAGUUGUCUGUCAGAAGCUGGUUGUUCCUCAUUGGGACUGCUCCAGAAUACAUCUACUCUACUCUACUCAUGAUUCCAACUAUGCUACUUUCACUCAAUGUAACACUUCAGGCAGCGAUGAAUAUGAAGGGCCACAUAUGUGUAAACAUAGGGACUAA